AUGCAAGAAAAAGAGGUUGAUGCUUUAUGGAAUUAAUUAUUGAAAACCACUGUGGAAAUGCUUGGUUUUGAAUUUAAAUAAGAAUAUUUAUCAAAAUCAUUCAAUCGUUUAUAUUCAGAUUACAAAAUGUUCACUCAGAAAAGAAAUUAUUCAUAUUUUGGAUUAUGGCUCUUUGGGUUUUAUGCUCUAAAUUUUCUCUCAAGUUUUUAAGAUAAAAACAUGUAAUCAUUGGUAUUGAAAUUAAGUUCUGACAUUCCCAAAAUUAUAGAAUAAUUAAUAUUUUGUCCAAUAUUGAUAAUGAUACUAAUUUCAACAAAACCUUAUCUUUACAGAUCUUUUGAAUCAAAACUACUCUACUAUAUCUAAAAUACUAUUGUUAUUUUAAUAGGGAUAUUUUUCCCAAGACCUUCGUAAACAGAAUACGAAAUAUUUGUCGAAUUUUUUAUUUAUUAAGCAAACUUGGAAAGCCUGCCAUAUAAAAUUAUUUUUAUUAUAGUGAGCUAACUAAUACAAAAAGAGAUUAAAUCUUUAAUGGAUUUAGUUGUUUUCGUAAUUUUAUUAGCAUUAGCAGUUUAUUAAGAAAUACAUAGAUAUACAUCAUACAUUUCAGAUUAUGAACAAGUUGAGAAACAUCAAAAAUAGGAAAAGUAAAAAAUUUUGAUUUACUUUUAGACAGAUAUUAGAAUUCAUACUUGAAACUUAAAAUUACGAUGAGAGAGAGCGAAUUUAUCAAAAACUAAAAAAACAAUUAAAAGCAAAAAAUAGCAAGAAAAUAAGUCUUGAUACUGUGUUGGAUUAUAUAUUCUGA